UGAAUUAACAUGCAAAAUAAUUAAAGUUUAUAGACAAAAAGAAUUAAUGAAGAAGAUCAGCUUAACAAGUAACCUCAAAAUCAACACAAAUCCUUAAAAGGUAAAAAAUAAAAGACAAGAAAACAAGGUGAAAAGACAGACCUGCUGGGAGCAGAAUUUUAUUCAUUAACAUCAAAGUCAAAUUAUAUAUAUAUAUAUAUAUAUAUAUAUAUAUAUAUAUAUAUAUAUAUAAAAUAAGGUAUAGUAGGUAUAUAGCUGGUGGUAAACGUAAAUACUCAAUCGGGGGGAGUUUUUCGUAAUUUGAUCAUACCUUAAGGUUGGCCGUAAGUUGCCCUAAUUAAAGAAUUCAAAUGUUGAAAUGAUGACAGGGGCAAAAGGAAUGGCUUCGUCGUCGAGCACGUACAACCCACCAUGCGCGGCGUGCAAGUUCCUGAGGAGAAAGUGCACGGCCGGGUGCAUAUUCUCCGGCUACUUCCCGCCGGAGGAGCCUCAGAAGUUCGCCAACGUCCACAAGAUCUUCGGCGCGAGCAACGUGGCCAAGCUCCUCAACGACCUCCUCCCCCACCAGCGCGACGACGCCGUCCAGUCCCUCGCCUACGAGGCGGAGGCGCGUGUCCGCGACCCCGUCUACGGCUGCGUCGGCGCCAUCUCCUUCCUCCAGCGCCAGGUCGACCGCCUCCAGAAGGAGCUCGACGCCGCCAAUGCCGACCUCAUCCGCCUCGCCGCCGCCUCCUCCCCUUCUGUCCACAUGCCGCCGCCGCCGCCCCACCAGCGUCCGGCCGAGUUCGGCAGAAGAUUCGGCAACGACGGAGGCGGCGGGGGAAGAUUUUAUCAAACACCUGGCUACCAAAUUACGUACAAUGCAUCUCCGUGGGCGGAUAUUUAUAACCCUCAUGGAGGAGGGUUUGAUGGUAAUAUUUAACAAGAUUUUCUCUUCUUCAUCAUCAUCAAUUUCUUCAGUGUUUCUUUCUCUCUCCUCUCUUUCUCUCUCUAGGGAAAUAAUCUGCUGCUUCUGCUUCUGCUUCUGCUGCUGCACAAAGCUAUAGCUUCUAUUUUCCCUUUUGAAAUAUUGGUAUGCAAUUUUCUUUCAUAUCUAUUAAUUUCUGCUCAUGAUUUUUCUAGCUACCUAUUUAAAAAAGAAGCACUUUUAUUAUUUAUUUAGUGCAAUAUUUGUAUGUAUUAUUUUAUUUAAUUUCUCCUUUUUUAUUAUAUAUUAUAUUUGAGACAUGAUUUUAGAGCUUGGAGAGUUGGCAAUUUAUAUAAGUUUGAUGCAAUUUAUAUACCUUCAUAUAGUAGGGUCUUUGUUUAUACAAUCACACACAUAUAC